UAUUUACUUUUACUUUUCAUUAAAACGAUCAGUGAUAACAGCUAUUGUUUUAAACACGAUUUGAUUGAUAAUGCAGUUACCUAAUCCCCGUGCAACUGCUAUAACGUAGAUAUUUCUAGUUCCACAAGAUUGUCCAUUCAUGCGAUGACAACAUUUAGUAGUUUUUACAUCUAAAUACAUGCCUGUGAUAUCCCUUCUAUCAUACUACCGAUGUCGAUGACGUAACCCUCCGGGAAUUACAGCUCCUGUAAUGAACUUUAUCAGAUAAUAAAAACCACACAUAUCAUCGCGAGAUUUGCUAGUUGAGGACAUCCCCUCACAAUGCCCGAAUGCACAAUUUGUAACGUGAAGAUCCACAUCGAAGUGCCUUUGCUCCUCAUCUUCUUCGCUUUUCAAUUUUCUGACUCAAUCAGAACCAACCUAAUCAUCUUUAGAACAUGCUACGUAACGCUGGGCUACAACAAAUCAGAAUGCGCCCUGCUGGGUAGCACACACCCUGAUAACUCAACAGCCGAUUUAGAAAAAGCGGUUGAACCUUACGCCGCCGUCGUAAACAUGGUUCAUUCUUUAACAGAAUCGUUCGUACCGGCUAUAACCUGUCUGUUCAUAGGACCAUGGUCGGACAGAUUUGGACGAAAACCGGUUUUAACCAUUCCUGUGAUAGGGUACAUGUUUCAUUUUGCGCUUCUUGGGGUCUUCGCAGCUUUAGAAACUGUAUCCCCUUGGUACUCUAUGUUGUGCUCAAUCCCUGUGUACGUAACAGGAGGAGCCGCCUCCUACUUAACCGUCCUUCUAUGUUACAUCAGUGACGUCACCGACGAAACCAACAGAGGAGUCAGAAUGGGCAUCUUCGAAGCCGUUCUAGCUCUUGGUAUUUUCCUGGGUAACAUCUCGAGCUCCUACAUUUUCCUGGCAACGAACUACCCCACGGUUUUCGCCAUAGCUGCCACAUGCUGCCUUCUGAAUUUCGUAUUUACAGCAACCUUCAUCCCAGAAUCAGUCGCAAAUCCAGAAACCGAGGGUCGGCUCCGGGGUCUCUUCCGCAUCACCAACAUCAAAGACAUGUUCACAACGACCUUCAAACCCCGAAGAAACUACGACCGCUUCAUCGUUCUAUGUUGCAUUCUUAUUUUGACUAUUUUUAUCGUAGCCGUCAAUGGUGAUGGUGCCCUAGCGUUUUUAUACGUCCGGGAGAAGUUCCACUGGUCCUUGCAACAAUACACGCUGUACAGCGCCGCCCAUAACGUCGCAUGGGUCGUUGGUACCCUCUUCGGUACCUACGUCCUCCACAAACUGAUGAAAAUCCCAGAAACUUUUAUGCUUCUGGUGGGGUUUACGUCGAUGUUCUUUGGGAUGUUGAUGAUGGGGUUGGCGAUUUACGACUGGGAGGUGUAUGCUGCUUCGUUUACGCGGGCCCUUGGUGGUGUUCUAAGUCCGAUGGUGCGGUCGCUGGUGUCGAAAAUAGUACCAAACGAAGAAGUUGGAAAAGUUUUCGCUUUGAUCGUGGUCAGUGAAGCUUUGUUUGGAAUGGCAGGGUCGCCGACGUUCACUGCUAUUUACAAUGCGACAAUUUCGACCAAUCCGGCUAUUUUUAAUUUCGUGGCUGCUGGAAUUUACGGCGUUGAAAUUCUUCUUGCCAUAAUGACGAUUUGUGUAUACAGAGUUUCGAGAAAUGAAGUCGUCUACCAGGAAAUUGUGGACAAGGAUGAUAGUUGUAGUCAGUCUGUUGUAGAAGAUAUUGUUUCGUAAUAUUUAUUAUUAAAUUAUAUCAGCGGAUGUAUAGUGUUGAUUAAUCAUAGCGACCAUUAUGGAAUUUCCAUGUGCAAUAUUUUGUUAUGUGAUAAUAAAUUUUUAUCUGAAA